AUGGAUAGAAUCAGUAAUCUACCAGAUGAUAUAAUUCACCACAUUGGCUCCUUUCUCUCGGCAAAGGAAGCUGCUUUCGCUACUCUUCUCUCAAAACGUUGGCGUAAUCUGUUUACCAUCAUAUCGAAGCUUCGUUUCAAUGGUCGCUCACUUGUAGGUUUCAAGGAUUUUGUGGAUCUAGUAUUGGCUCUACCUGUCAGCUCUCGUGUCCGCAAAUUUUCACUCAAAUGUAAACAUGAAGCGCAGUACGAAGAUCUUAUCAAUCGUUGUCUCCGUCGUGGUCUUCUUGUUCUUCAACUCCAUAUCGAAGUUGAUAGAGAAGAACACUAUUCACUGCCUUGUCAUGUUUUUGCCUGCAAGACAGUUUCCACUAUGAAACUAGGGUCUGGUUUGUUGAUUGAAGCUCUCCCUGCGGGUGUUUUUCUUCCAGCUCUCAAGUCUCUCUUUCUUGACUCUGUUCGGUUCUUUGGUGUUGAUGAUGGCCGCUGCACGUUUAAAACGCUUCUUUCUGUUUCCCCUGUUCUCCAAGAGUUAGUGAUGAAUGGUAACGAGUGGGAACGCUGGAAAUGGUGCUGCACCGUCUCUAGUACCACCCUGAUCAAAGGCUUACUUGAGGAGGGUAUAAUAGAUGAUCCUCGGGGCCUUGCUUAUGAGUUUGACAGCAUUAGCUUUGAUACUCCUGCUCUAACCUACUUAGACUAUUCUGACUAUGUUCCUAAGGAGUAUCCAACUGUUAAUCUCGACUCACUUGUUGAAGCUAAUCUCAAUCUUUGUGCGGAUGAGGAAGCUGUCUGGCAAGAAGAGCAUGCAAACACUUUCAAUCCCAUUAAUCUCAUUAUUGGUUUUAAAAACGUUGAGAUUUUGAACUUAACUUUUGAAGCUGUGGAGAUGUUUGGUGUGUUCAAUGAAACAGCCCCAAUGUUUGAAAAGGUGUCUCAGUUAUCUCUUGCACUUUCUAACGUCUGUUGGUAUUCUGUACCAAAUCUGAUGAUGAAAUUUCCAAAUCUUAAGACUCUCAUCAUCGAGGAUUCACUUCAUUACGAAUAUUUUCGAACAGAUGAAGUGGUCUGCGAGUGCGUGUCAGGAUAUUCUUUCCUAUUGUCUUGUCCGGUGGAGGUGCUAAAGAUAAACUGUUACGAUGGUUCUGUCAACGUGCUGGGGCAAAUGGAGCAUUUCUUGGGAAAGUUAUCAUGUCUCGAGCUGGUGGAGGUUCGUGCUAAGGCAGCAUCAAGUGACGCAAAGCUGAAAAUCAUGGCGGAUCUGCUAAUGAUUCCCAGAGCUUCCACCAAGUGCAAAGUCAAAGUCAAGUUUUCUCGAAAGAGUUAAUAGGAGCAAACUCUAAUCUUUCCUGCUUUUGGUCAAGUCUGCUGUUAGGAUACAAUCUAAUUUAUGGUUGGUAUGAGAUCAUGAAUGCUGUUGGUGUUGUAUCUUUCACAUGUUUUGUUAACAUGUUUCA